GCUGCCUCCUUAAUUUUUCUUUACCAACAGCAAACAUAUAAAUCAAAAAGAAAAAGAAAAAAAAAAGAGAGAGAAAAAAAUGGAGGACAAAAAUAAUAACACAAACGUGAUCGCACCUUUCGUUGCGAAGACAUAUCAGAUGGUCAACGAUCCUUCGACCGAUUGGCUCAUCACCUGGGGACCUGCACACAACAGCUUCGUCGUCGCUGACCCUCUCGACUUCUCUCAACGCAUCCUCCCUGCUUAUUUCAAACACAACAACUUCAGCAGCUUCGUUCGUCAGCUCAACACCUACGGGUUUAGAAAAGUGGAUCCGGACCGGUGGGAGUUCGCCAACGAGCAUUUCCUCAGAGGUCAGACGCACCUUCUCAAGAACAUAGGGCGUAGGAAACACGCGCGUGGGAUGAUGUACGGUCAGGAGGUGGAGGACAACGGCGAGGUCGUGAAGGAGAUCGAACGGUUGAAAGAUGAGCAGAGGGAGCUCGAGUUGGAGAUUCAGAGGAUGAACCAAAGGAUCGAGGCGACGGAGAAGAGGCCGGAGCAGAUGAUGGCGUUUCUCUACAAGGUCGUUGACGAUCCCGACCUCCUCCCGAGGAUGAUGCUCGAGAAGGAGCGGACAAAGCAAGUCUCCGACAAGAAGAAGCGCCGUGUCACGGUGAAGUCAGAGGAUCAAGAGGAAGAAAACGGGAGGGUCUUUGGCGUGGUCUCACCGUCGCCUUCACCGCCGGAGAAUUCGAUGGGAUGGGUUGUUCCGAUGCGGUUUGGUAGUUACAACGAGACGGGUCUGGUGGUGAACUCGAUGGUUUCCACUUCGUCGAGGUCGUCAUCGUUAACGUCGACGUUGACGUUGCCGGAUAGCGUAAACGGAGGAUGUGGGAGUGUUCAGGGAGAGACAAGGGACAAAGAAGCGGCGACGUUUGGAGGAGUGGUAGAGUCAAAUCCACAAACACCGCCUUAUCCGUUUUCUUUAUUUCGAGGUGGCUUUUAGGCUAGCUUCACAUGAAAUAUGAUCUUCCGUUCUUCUUAAUAUUAUUAUUAUUUUUGUCGCUUUUUUUAAAAAUUAUUUGUGAUGUAUAACCAACUAAAAAUAAAUAGGACAGAUCGAUAGUUGUUAGUUAGGACAGCGAGACAGUGUCAGUAGUCAUAUCGUUUUAUAGAAAGUUGACAGUAUAUAUUCUGGAGAUUAUAUUGGUAAAAGGUUCAUACGGUUGAGUCUUUUUUCUGGUUGAAGUCUUUUCAGGGGGUUUGUAAUUUAUUCACACUUUGUAAUAACAACAAUUCUGAUCUUCUUGA